AUGAUAUCUAGAAGUAGCAUUGGAAAAUUUGCUAAUUUGGCGAGAUCGCAUUAUGUCAUUUCUCAGGUGAAAUUUAUAGGUACAGCAGGAGCUGUGAAACCUGUUGCAGGGUCAUCCAGUCCAAUGGGUGAUCCUCAAAGUAAGCUAUCUAACCCUGCUCACGAUUAUAAGAGGACGUUAAGUAAUGCUCUGAAUGGGGACUCAUUGGAGAUAGGUGGGGUUGAGAAGAAUAUACGGCCAGACAGGGGUGGUUCUGUUGACUGGUAUAGUUCUUUUCAUGGGCUGGGGUCUAAACCGUUUGACGAAUCGGUUCAGAAUGUGUUGAGCCAGCCGUUGGUGGCUUUAGAUAUCGAAAUUACGCCGGAUGGGUUGUUAUAUUUGCCUGAGAUCAAAUAUCGGAGAAUUUUAAAUAAGGCUUUUGGUGCAGGUGGCUGGGGGUUGGCACCUCGUUCUGAGACAACUGUGACGGCUAGACUUGUUACUAGAGAGUAUGCACUGAUUUGUAAUGGUCAGCUUGUCAGUCUUGCUCGCGGCGAACAGGAUUAUUUUUCUGAAACCGGAAUUCCAACGGCUACAGAAGGUUGUAAGAGUAAUGCCUUGAUGAGAUGUUGUAAAGAUUUAGGUAUUGGGUCUGAAUUGUGGGAUCCUGUUUUUAUCAAGAGCUAUAAGAAACAGUAUUGUGUGGAGAAAUUUGUCGAGCAUAUUGCUACCAAGAGGAAGAAGAAGAUCUGGUUAAGGAAAGACAGAGAUGUCGAGUAUCCAUAUAAAUAA